AUGUUUAUGAUACGAAGAACCGAUAUUAUUAAUGGUGAUAAUGAACAUCAGUCAAACUCAUCAACUUCAAUGGUACAUGAAUCUCAAGCAAAUUCUAAUCACAAUCCGAACGAAGAUAAAUUAUAUGAUGAUCCCUUGAUACAUGAUACAAUAUUACCACAUCGAAAACGUAUACGCCGAGAUACAUUACUUUCUAUUCAACAACAAAGUUAUAUUCAACCUCAACAAUCUGAAUCAACGACAAGAUAUUAUAAAAUUGAUGAUGAUGAUAAUCAUAAUUGUAUUAAUGAUGAGACCAAUUCUAUGAAUGUCACAAUACCAACAUCUAAUCAACAUCAAUUAACAGCAGCUGCUAAUAGUCUUCUAAAUCUUUCAAAUUCAUUAAUUAUCGAUACUGAUGAUCAUAAUGAAUGUCAGUCGAAUAUUUCAAUCGGUGAUGGAACAACAACAUCAACAACAAAUGGAGAUUUAUCAUUAUUAUGUUGUGUUUGUCAAGAUCGUGCAUCGGGUAGACAUUAUGGUGUACUUUCUUGUGAAGGUUGCAAAGGGUUUUUUAAACGAAGUAUACGUAAACAAGUAUUCUAUACAUGUUUGAGUACAAAGGAUUGUCCAAUAAAUAAAUUUAUGCGAAAUCGGUGUCAAUAUUGUCGAUUACAAAAAUGUCUUCAAGUAGGAAUGCGUGUUGAAGCUGUUCAAAAUGAACGAAGACCUUAUACAAAUAAACAUGAUUUAAUUAUAAAUGGAAAUAAUAAUCAACGAAUACAAAAACAAAGUGAAAAUAAUUUAUUAAAUUCAUCGUCAAAUGAUAUACAAUUAAUUUUUAAUAAUAAAAAAGAUGAUUCAAUACGACGAGUUAAUGAAAAUAAAACUCUUCAUAGUAUUCUUACAUCAACAUCAAGAGUUCAAACGCCUACAACACCAGUCUUUCUUUCUCCUCCUUCAUCAUCAUCAUCAUCGUCAUCAUCAUCAUCAUCAUCAUCAUCUCUAAGUACAACCACAAAUCUUCAAACUGAUUGUAAUAUGAAAAUUGAAACACCAAAUAAUCAUCAUACAACAGCUAUUACAAGAGCUUUUGAUAAUUUAGCAAAAGCUGCAGCACAUACUCGAUUGAAUACAAAUAAUAUUCCUGCUGUACCAACACAACAACAUUAUCUUCUAAAUGAAAAAUAUUAUUGGGAACAAAUUGAACGUCCAUUCGUUACUGAUAUAACUAGUGUAUUUACAAUAACACCUCCAACACCUCCAACAAAUCGUGAUUUACAACCAACAAAUAGUUUUAUUUGUGAAACAGCAUCACGUAUUCUUUUUCAAUCAAUUGAUUGGAUUAAAUGUAAUUCUUGUUUUCAAACAUUAGAUACACAAAUACAAAUAAUUCUCAUACAAAAUAAUUGGCUAUCAUUAUUUAUUCUUAGUCUUCUUCAAUGUUCAUCUAUUGUUAAUUUAUCACAUAUUUUAACAUCAUUACUUGCUAAAAAAUUAGAUAAUUAUGAAUCAAAUAAAUAUCAUCAAUUACGACGUAUUCAAUCACUUUUAUACGAAUUUGAUCGUCUACAAGUAACAUCUAUGGAAUAUGCUUAUUUAAAAUUAAUUUUAAUUUUUAAUCCAAUUCAUAAUAGUGAAUUUAGUCAAUCCUAUGAUCAAAUUGAUGCCUAUCGUAUAUUAAUAUAUAAAGAAUUACGUGAUUAUUUAAAUGAUCGAUUAUUAUCAACAUCAUAUGAUGAAUUACGAUUAGGUCGACUUUUACUUAAAUUAUCAUCAUUAAGUGAAAUUGAUACGAAUAUAAUUGAAGAAAUUUUCUUUGUUGGUUUAAUUGGUUCAGUACAAAUCUCUAAAAUCAUUCCAUGUAUUUUUAAAAUGAAUGUCGCAUCAACAUCAUCAUCAAUAAUUAAAUAUGAAAAAACUGAUCAACAAUCACUUGUCUCGUCAUCAUUAUAG